GUGCACCCAACUCCGACCGAGUCAAGAGAUAGAGGCAUACACACUUUGACCUUACUUUCUCGUCGAAAUGUUCGGUGGCGCUGGGAUCACGUCUUCGUGGUCCAAUCAGAACCAACAGCAGCAGCCACAGUCAACAGGGUCAGCUUUUGGGCAACCUGCGUUUGGGCAGUCAGCCUUUGGAAGCGGUACAGGUGCAUUCGGGCAAAAUCAGCAGCAGCCGCAGCAGCCUCAAGUUAAUCCAAUGUUUGGAAAUCUAGCUACGCCUUCUACCAACACCUCCAGCGGAUUUGGCGCGUUCGGUAGCGGUUCGGGCACCACUGGUACCUCUGCCUUCGGUGCUACAAAACCUGCCACAGGAUUUGGCGCGUUCGGUGGUGGAACAGGUACCUUUGGAUCUGGAGGCGCGUUCGGACAAAACGCCAGUGCCAGCACGUCAACGCCGAGUGCAUUUGGGCAGACCAGCACUGGAACCAGUGCCUUUGGCGCUGGCGCUGGACUGUUUGGCCAGAACAAACCUACAAGUACUUUUGGAAGUUCUACGACUACAUCCACAGAUGCUCCAGUACCUCCUGUCACUACAGGUACCGCUAAUCCACCCUGGUCUGCUACUAGCGAUAAGGACCAAAAUGGCACGACAAUGUGCAAUUACCAGACUAUAUCUGCUAUGCCGGCGUACAGGGGGACGUCUUUGGAGGAACUUCGGUGUCAAGAUUAUGCGCAAGGACGCAAGACUGCCAGUACUGGUGGCGCAUUUGGUCAAAGUUCAUUUGGCGGAAGCCAAGUUACGCAACCCGCAGGUACAGGCCUCUUUGGGGCACAGCAGCCGACACAACAGACUUCGGCCUUUGGUGUCACGCCCAAUGCUGGCGGCACUGCGUUCGGCACAUUCGGACAGAAUCAAGGGAACCAGGGAACUACUUCAGCCUUCAGUGGCGGCGGAGCUUUUGGCCAGCCUCAGCAGUCCCAACAACAGCCGGCACAAGCGCAAUCUGCCUUUGGUGGUGCAUUUGGGCAACAGCAAACCGGCAGUGCCUUUGGUGGAACAAGUGCGUUUAAUAAGCCUGCUUCUGCCUUCGGAAGCUUUGGUACCCCAAGUGGUACUAGCGCAUUCGGUGGUGGCGGCGCAUUUGGUCAAGCCAGUAAUCAACAGCAGCAGCAGCAGCAGCAUCAGCAGCAGACUAGCGUUUUCGGGCAGCCUGCUACAAAUACAGGCCUUGGAGCUUUUGGAGCAGCUACUGCAAAUAAGAGUGUCUUUGGACAACCAUCACAACCUGCCGGACAGACCACGAAUGCAUUUGGUGGAACCAACAUCUUUGGUCAACCGAAUCAAGCGCAGCAGACACAACCACAGGCUUCCUCAUUGUUUGGCGGUGGUACGUUUGGCAGCAAUACCAAUCAGCAGCAACAACAGCAACAACAGCAACAGCCCAACCCUUUGUUCGGCAGCGGUACCACUCAGAACCAAGGAGGCAGUGGUCUCUUCAACACUGGUAGCGGUCUUUUUGGUGCGAACACCAAUCAGCAGCAGCCGCAGAGUCAAGCUGGUCAGAAUACCCUGGGCUUGUUCGGCAAUAAACCUGCUGGUCAAACACAAUCGCUUUUUGGUACCGGUUUUGGUCAACAGCAACAACCCGCCAAUCCUGUGCCACAAAGUAAUAUAUUUGGGGGCACUCCCAAUCAACAAGGAACCCAGCAGAAUGCAUUCGGUUCAUCAUUAUUCGGCAAUAAGCCUCUUGGUACCUCGAUGUCGACCGGACAGACUACCGGAUUGUUUGGAGGUUCAGGGAAUACCUUUACCGCCUCCGCCUCCGUACCCGGUGCUCAAGGCACUCUCACCGCAUCGAUAUCGCAACCAAUUGCUACGAAUUUGCCGAUAUUCUCCAUGUUACCUCCUGGACCCCAAGCUGUCUCUUUGGAUCAAUCUACGAAGAAAAAAGCUAGUUUCUUUGUCGAUGUUCCCACCAGAUCUCCAGUCCCUCGUAUGCAGCUCGGAUUUUCUCCCGCGAGCUCAAAGCUACGUGGAUUCGCUUCCUCAGGGUCCGUAUCUUCGGUCUCGGGCUUGAACUUCUCUCAGGGAGCGCCCCUUGCCUUGUCGCUUUCCAAACCAGCUGACAUCAAGCCUUCUGACUCCUUACUUGGUCGCAGCGCCAGUCCAUCUUUGGGAAGUGGUCAGAAGAGGAGCGUCAAAAAGCUAAUCUUCGACAAAAAGGUGGUUCCCUCAGAUUUGUAUGUCAAGUCGCCGAGCAACACAUCUGGGCGCGGAAAGGUCACUUUCAGUCCUGCAUUGAGCAUCGCUCAACGUGAAAAGGAAGCGGAAGAGCGCAGUCAAUCAACCAAACAAUUUAUACCUUCGUCCUCUCCCGCUCCUCGAUCUCACAACCCUACGUUUGCCUCGCAGGACGCUUCAGGAUGUGAUGGCGCGGACAUCGAUUCAUCCAACACUCUUGAUGAGGGUGAGUACUGGGUGAAACCUAGUAUGGAAAUACUGAAAGGUUGUGGUUACGACCAAAUAUCGUCUUUCAAAGACCUUGUAGUUGGUCGUGAGGGGUAUGGCGAGAUCCACCUCCUUGAGCCUGUGGAUUUGACAGGACUACCAAAACUCGGAUCCUUGUUGGGGGAUGUCGUUCGGUUUGACGACAAGGAGUGCAGCGUCUAUCCAGAUAGUGAAGACGUCGACAAACCACCCCCAGGUUCGGGCCUCAAUGUUCGAGCGAGAAUAUCCUUGAAACGUUGUUGGGCGGUGGACAAGGCUAACAGGGAACCUAUCAAAGAUGAGACGCAUCCCCAAGCCAUCAAGCACUUGAAGCGGUUAAAGAACAUGAAGGAUACCCACUUUGAAAGCUUCGAUAUGAAAGAUGGCACGUGGACCUUUACCGUGGACCAUUUCUGAACUUUCUUCUCUUUCUGCUCCGCCAAGCCAUCUGUAGUUACAGUACUUCCCGCUUUCGCAUGUUGCUUUUUUUACAAUAUCUUAUUAGGUAGUCACAUAGGUAGCAUUAGGUAGCACUCAUAUGUACACACGAAAUAUACAAAUUUUUUCAUUCUCGAUCGUCAACGAGCG